GCUGUCUAGUGAAAAUGGUCGCCGGCUACUUCCACCUUGCUCGAUCAAGAAUCUGGGACUAAGUACGGCAGAGCAGGAAUCAACCAAAAAGCAGUUAGAUGUCAACUCAAAUUACUCCCAAUAUCUAUCAGUGAUGGCUAAUGAAGUCUGGAAAUGCGAAGGAAAGACAGUGAUAGAUGCUCAUCAAAAGAACAGGAGAAGCUUUCUGAAAAGGUAUGUAAGGGUUGUGAAUGAAGUGGAGAUGGUACUGACAGAAGCCACCCCUCUCCACAUCGGUGAAAUCGACAAUUUUCCGGCGAAAGGAUUUUCGGUCAAAAUGAGGAACGGGCAAGCUGUGGCCACCUACAAAGAAGUCAGAAAUACGAGAGAAAACGAGGAUAAAUAUAUCACCAUAUUUUUUGAUGGCAUUGCGGUAUUGGAGGAUUACCUCAGGGAAAAAGAUGGAGAUUCGAUGAGUGGAUCGGUGGUUGUACCAAUAAAACAUUAUGAAAAUUAUUUCAAUCGGUACGAGAGGAUUGGAGGAUUAAGUCAUAACGACAGUAAAACUUACAAGUUUACCACAAAUGAUAAGGAAGGAGUUAUGAUGAAGAUAGGUUCAGUGUUGACGGAAGAUGCCUCUCUCUCUAACCCUGGAGAACAAGGUGCAGAAAUAAUCUGCGAGAUAAAUGAAACACAUGUCCCCCGUGAGAACAAACUGUACGAUAUGCACAUUUACUUCUUGAAUGCAACGAAAGAGUGGGAGGAAAUUAAUUUCUGGGAAGACGGUCUGUUGGAAGGUCAACAUCAGGAUGUGUGGACCUGCAGGAGAAUUCACAUGAUAAUUUUCUACCGGGUCACCAACUACGUUGUGAUACAGAAAGACAUAAACAUAGAUUAUGGUGAUGGCAUAUAUAUUGGCUUACUAGAUCUCCCCGAUAAGAGCACUAAAAAUGUGGAAAUCCAUGAGGUCAAGUUUUUACAUCCACAAACAUUAAAAGCUAUAAGAUAUGAGGGUGACCUACAGCUGGAGCCCAAGUAUAAUAAUAUACCAAUAGCUCGGAGUUUGUUCCCUCUGGACUCUAAGGAAGCUUCAUCAAAUGGAGGAUUCGGUUACCAAAAAACAGCAUCAGGUGACGACUAUUGGACACUGGAUGCACUGGCAGUUCUGUUAGCGAGAAAGAGAGGGAUACAUGAAUUGGAUACGCAUACAGACGAAGAUGAAAUACUCGUACCAGCAGAAAAAGGGGACGGACUAUACCGGGCGUUCUCACACGAAAACGGUCCUCUCACUCUAGUCAUUGGCUGUCAAUAUGAGGAGACAAUACCACCAGAAAAAAAGCUCAAGUGUAUGGAGCAUAAGUGGAACAAGGAGUUUUGGACUGAGUAUCAUCCAAAAGUAGUGGAAGUGACAGCUGAGAGGGUCAAUGAGUUAGAUUGGCAUAUAUUCAAAGAACUUUUCAAAAUCGAAGAACAGAUUAUAUGGAUUUGUGUGUUAGAAGAGAACGAUCUGGAUAAGAAUGUGUUCCUUCGAAUUGGAACCAAACUUCUCUCAGCACCCAGGAUGCAUGCAAGGCCGAAUGUGCUGAUAUUGAGAGACACUGUGGACAGCUGUGAUAAAAUAGUAAAUGGGACUUCCUACUCUAUGGUUAUCGAAGAAACAGUUCUCAUCAACAUCAAAACUAAUAAAUACGUGAAAUAUGGUGAGUAAAUGGAUAAAUAACAAAGGAAGAUCAGUGGUCUAGUGGAUAGAGUCAAUACC